AUGGCCAAGAGUAGCCGCAGUAAGGUCAAGAGGAAGUUUAGAGCGGCAAAGCGCCAUAAGAUUAAACCAAAGUCAGUUGCUUUGCUUAAGAAGGUCAUAAAUAUGCCCGUCGGUGGUACAGGUCUGCCUUAUGUUGAUGCAUCAAAGGCAGAAGUAAUUGAGGUUGUAAAGAAGGAGGAUGUGGGGACCAAAAUCACUAAAAAGCCCCCUUCUUUAAUGAAUGAGCACGGGAAUUAUCCUAUAUGGAUGAAUAAGAAAGAGAUGCGUCGGCAUAUUGGUAGACGGAAACGAAUCCUUCGCAAGAAAAGGAAGCUGAGCAAAAAGUAG